UAUAAUUACUGUGCGUUUUGUCAAGUAUUUGUUAGUUAAUCAUGGUAUUCUGUGUCUGUGUGUAAUGUGUGUACUAUUGUUAAAAUAGUAAGUAAAUAACUUGAAGAAUAUAAUAUAUUAUAUAUUAUUACAAAUUAACAAUAGGAUGAGCUUAAUAGUCUAUAAGGAUUUACGAUUUACGAAACACGAAUGAUGUUCGGACACGGUUAUUUUAUCAUACUGUAGGCGACUUGACUGCCGAUACCGCUGACAGAAGUUAAAACCUUAUAGCCAAUGAUAAUUUUCAUGAACUAGUCAAUGUUAUUCUGAUACGUUUGGUAUCAACGAAUAUAAUAUAAAAUAUAAGAAAAAGCACUUGGUAUUUAGAGUUUCAGUAAGAAUAGUAAGAUCUGUACGAAUUGAGUUUCCAAAAUGAAUCCACAAGAGAUUUCAAUACCGGUUCCUUGGGGAAAUAUUGCUGCCAAAACUUGGGGCCACUGUUCCGACGCCCGAGUACUCUGUCUCCACGGGAUACAGGAUAACUGUGGUACGUUUGACAAGCUUAUCCCGUUGCUUCGUCGAGGAUUUUAUUACGUGUGCGUGGACACGCCGGGACACGGAUGGUCGUCGCAUUAUCCACCUGGUUUCCGAAUUACGUUGGAGUGUUACGUGUUGGCCGUCAAGCGGGUCGUCGACCACCUGAAAUGGGACCGAUUUAAGUGUAUCGGACACAGCAUGGGUGGCAUGAUCGCCAGUCUGUUCACGUCCCUGUACCCAGAACACGUCACCAGCCUAGUGAUGAUUGACUGUGCAGGCCCAGUGCCCGUGCAUGCGCAGGACACGGUCAAGUGGCUGAGAAUGGUGUGCGAUGGUCUGCUGACGAUCGAGAGGAAGAUGGCAAGUGGGUCGCCGCCGUCGUACACCCGUGAACAGGCCGUCGACGUGCUGAUGACGAAACGGCCGUCCAAGUUGACCAGAAGUUCGGCGAACGUGCUCGUGGAACGGUCCCUGGUGGACCGCCCGGACGGACGUCAUGCGUUCAGCAUGGAUCAGAGGCUCAAAGUGCUCUACACCCAGACGCUCACGCCGAUUCAGUACAUGGCCAUAGUAAACAGCAUCCGGUGUCCCGUUUUGCACUUGCGUGCCUCGGACAACCAUCUGCAAAAGGAUCCAGGAAUUAAACUGUCGAGGAAGAUUUACAAGUCCAAUCCGAAUGUCCGUAUGGUGAAAGUAAACGGGAAUCACGACGUACACUUGAACCAUCCAGAAAGGAUAGCUGAUUUGAUCAAUACAUUUCUACUGUCCGAACGCAGCAAAAUUUAAUCUCAGAUAUUAUGGUGCUGCUAAAUAAGCGUACUUAUCAUAAUGAUAUUUUAAUAUUGUAUAAGGUGUUUAGGUGGAGUGGUCAGGUUUAUGGUUUUUUUUUUAUAUUCAUAAAUCAUAAUUAUUUGUUUUUAUUUUUAGUUUAUAACGGUGAUUUGUACAAUAUAGCGUCAAAGAUAUAUUCCCAAGUACAAGGAGGGGUGGGGGUCCGUGAAUCGUGUCGUUGGGUGUCCACUAUAGAAUUAUAAAUAAUGUUUUUAUUUUUGUUCAUUCAUAUUUUGUGAUUUUGUGAACACCAGAGGCGUUUCCAGCAUAACAAUUCAGGACAGGCCCGGUUAUAAGAAAAGUGUGUACAAUAUAUUAUACAUUUUUUAAAAGUAAUUUUUAAUAUAUUUUAUAUUAUACGUUUUUAAUCAGGGUACCCGCUGGACAUGCCACUGGUGAACACUCGUCGGUUGCAACUAUAUGGUUUAAUAUAUUUUGAAUUUCGCAGUGAAACAUAAUGUAUUAACAUCACGACAUUGAUAACCUAUUUAUUUUAAAUAAAACGACGAUUUUCUACAUUUAA